AUGGCCAGCAGCAAUCACAGUACUAAUUGUGUUAAUACCUCAGAUGAGGAGGACUUUUCCUCCAAUGAGGAAUCUAGCUUGGAUAGCAUGGAGACAACAAAAUCUGCACUGGGAAAGCUGAGACUGGAUGAACUUCAAAUCCUCCAAGAUGGUCUAAAUGAUUGGAAGGAAGCUGACACAAACAAAAGGGCCUCACUGAUGGAGGGCAUUCAGAACAAAAUCAAAUGGCUGGAUGCCAACAAGAGCCUCAAACAAAAUGAAUGGAAUAGAAAAUGGACAGCCAUCAAGAACUGGAUGUAUAACAACAGUCAGGUCCCAUGCAUGGAAGGCCCUGGUCAACAUAAGAAGGAUAUCCAGCAAGUACUUGUGAAGGCUGGAAUACAUCCUGGGACAUCAGCUAUGAUCAAACACUAUCAGCCAGCUGUUCAGAAGGUAGUCCAGUCAUUGACCAAGGCUGAAUUGGACCAGGCAGCCUGUUUGGUGAAAGAGUGGAAUGAGAGAAAGUUGCCACCUGAAGCCCAGGCAGAGGUGGCAACAAGUAAGGGCCAGAAGUAUGCAAAACAGUUUGCAUAUGACAUGUGGAAGCAGUGUGGGAUGAGGGUGGUGAUCAUGUCAGCAUGGAAGGAUAAGGAAGGCAAAGUGAUGGUUGGAGUGAAUGACUUCAAUGACAAGCUGGGUGAUGGAGAGCUCUAUUCAGAUUGGGAAGACCUUCAUGGAAAGUGGUCAGCCUACACAAAGAAUGCCUUUGGGGCCAAUGGUAUGGAGGAUGGCAGCAGAGAGGAUGAGGCUGGUCAAACCACAGUAAAAGCAUGGAAAGGAAAAAAGCAGUCUCAAUUCUCCCUGUCCACCAAUGAUGAUGGCAUGCCCAUUCUUCCAAAUCUCUUGGACUUACAGACACUGGAAUUAAAGGACAUCAUGAGGGUGUUUGCUUGGCUUGUAGGAAGACGAAUGCCAGUGUACCUUGGGCUGCAAUAG